CACAGAGGGAAUUUUUCAAAUCGAGAAGAAGCGCUCUGUGUUCAUAGGAGAGGAGUUUAACAACACACACAAUGCAGAGACCAAACAAAGGGAAGACUCCUCGGAGGCCUGGCCCCAAAAAGGCAUCCAACAUAGACAAAGAUCCUGUGGGAGUAUACUGCCGUAUACGUCCACUUGGAGCAGAAGAUGAGGAAUGUUGUGUUGAGAUGAUCAGCAGCUCCACUAUCCAGCUACAUGCUCCUGAUGGCCUCAAAGCCAACCGCAAUGGAGAAUACAAAGAGACACAGUACUCCUUUAAAAAAGUAUUUGGUAUUAAUACCACUCAAAUGGAGCUGUUUGAGGAUGUUGCCAAGCCCCUGAUAGAGGACCUUAUUCAUUGUAAGAAUGGACUGCUAUUUACAUAUGGUGUUACUGGAAGUGGUAAGACCUUCACCAUGACCGGCUCACCUGGGGAAGGUGGACUCCUCCCUCGUUCUCUGGAUAUGCUCUUCAACAGCAUCGGCCCCUUUCAGGCCAAAAGAUUUGUGUUUAAGCCAGAUGAAAAAAAUGGGAUGGAGAUCCAGGAUCAAGUUGAUGCUCUCCUGGAGAGACAGAAGCGAGACAGUCAGCAGUCUGUGCCCAAAACGCCGUCCUCCAGGCAGAGGCCGGACCCAGAGUUUGCAGAUAUGAUCAGCACAGAGGAGGCAUGUAAAUCUGAGAAUGUGGAUGAAGACUGCUGUUACAGCGUUUUUGUGUCCUACAUUGAGAUCUACAACAACUACAUCUAUGAUCUCCUUGAAGAUGCUCCAUUUGACCCAAUCAGACCAAAAGUGCCUCAAUCUAAGAUUCUCCGUGAAGAUCAGAAUCAUAACAUGUACGUGGCUGGCUGCACAGAAGUUGAGGUCAAAUCUACAGAGGAGGCUUUUGAAGUCUUUUGGAAGGGGCAAAAGAAAAGGAGGAUAGCCAACACUGAACUGAACCGUGAAUCCAGUCGUUCCCACAGUGUGUUCACAGUAAAGUUGGCCCAGGCACCACUGGACGCUGAUGGUGACCACAUUCUACAGGAUAAAAACCAGGUGAAUGUGAGUCAGCUGUGUCUGGUUGACCUGGCAGGCAGCGAGCGCACCAGCAGAACCAGAGCAGAAGGAAACCGCCUCCGUGAAGCAGGCAAUAUUAACCAGUCCUUGAUGACACUGCGCACAUGCAUGGAGGUCCUGCGUGAAAACCAGAUGUGUGGAACUAAUAAGAUGGUGCCUUACAGGGACUCUAAAGUUACACAUCUGUUUAAAAACUACUUUGAUGGAGAAGGGAAAGUCAGGAUGAUCGUGUGUGUCAACCCAAAGGCUGAUGAUUACGACGAAACCAUGCUGGUGAUGCGCUUUGCAGAGAUGACCCAGGAGGUGGAGGUGGCACGACCGGUUGACCGGCCAAUCUGUGGCCUUGCUGCUGGGCGCAGACACAGAAACCGGGCCUUCAAGGAUGAACUGUCACGCCGUCUGGAAGAGCGAGGCGGUCCCAGUAAUGCUGGUAAAUCACCCUCAGAUCUGUACUACUGA